GCCAGAUUCAUCACGCAUCCUUUGGGGACGUAUUUGGAAAGUGGGUGGCCCAGAGGGGAAGUUGGGGGUUGAUCGGCUCAGAUUGACCCCCCACUGAACUGCGAGGAGAGGGAGGAAACAGAGGGGUGGAGAGAAGGAGGAAAAUGUGAGCAAGGGAGUGUGAAAGAAAGAGCCUGGAUGGACCUUCUGACAAGGGUGUUUAGUUAUGAAAACAAAAGUAUUGUAACAGAUGGCACCCUGGAAACCUCUUAACAGCGGAUUGGAACGAGCCGGCGCAGCUUAUCGGAGUCAACGGAUGACUCUGUGCACACACACACACACACACACACACACACACACACUCUGGACGCUGCAGGGGGGAUAUAUAAGAUCUCACUAGGAGGGUCAAACACCCAGUAGGUUUCCAGAUCUUUCAAGCAGUCGUUUGAGUGCCAGCUCCUCCAAGCUUAUGCUGAAAUCUCUUCAAAGACCAAUUGGGUGAAGCUCUCGAGAUUGGGAAAAAAAAUAAAUAAACCAGCUUCAAGGACAAGGUGGAUGCAAACCUGUGGAGAUCAAGAACUCGUUUUGGAAUGAACUACAAACUGUUUUUGAGCAGAACACUCGUCGAGUUUUAACACGAUUGGACUUCUGCGAGGAUUACAAGCCACUUUUGAGCAGAAAUAUUGGCAAGAUCUAAUACAUUUUGAACAUCUUCAAGGACUACAAACCAGUUUCUUCCAGAUAGUUCGGCGAUUUCCUAUACAUUUGUACUUCUGCAAGAAUUAAAAACUGUUUUUGACCAGAACAUUUGUCAAGUUCGAAUUCGUUUGAACUUCUGCAAAGAUCGCAAGCCAUAGAGAAAUUUCAUCAAAUUACAAUACUACCUUAAAACUUCUCCUGCGACGACUAUACAAACCAAUUUUGACAUUCUGUCAAGUUCUAAUACAUUUGAUCUUCUCCUGCGAAGACUAUAUAAACCAUUUUUUGGAAAUCUCAUCAAGAUCUAAUACAUCCGAUCUUCUCCUACAAGAACUACAAACCUGUUUCUGACCAGAAAUGGAAACCUCAAAACCUUUGGGAAUGUUUUACGACAACGUGUCGAUCGUGGAUCUGGACAGCGGUGCGAUAAACAACGUCUACAUUCGGGAGGACUUCGAUGCGUUCAGCGUCACCGUGGCCGUCUUGUACCUGGCCGUGUGCGUCGUGGGAUUGGCCGGGAACUCGCUGGUCAUCGUCACCAUUCUGAAACUGGACAAAAUGUCUUCGGCGACCACCGUCUACAUUUUCAACUUGGCUUUGGCGGACGGCCUCUUCAUGGUGGGACUCCCGUUCAUCGCCAUCCAAAACUUCCAGGACCAGUGGAUCUUCGGAGAAGCCGUCUGUAAGCUGGUGAUGGUUCUGGAUGGCAUCAAUCAGUUCACAAGCGUGUUCUGUUUAACGGUGAUGAGUGUUGAUCGUUAUAUGGCUCUUGUAGACCCGGUGCGCUUCGCUCGUUGGCGGACGCCUCGGCGUGCGAAGAUCAUCGCCACAUUAAUGUGGUUCAUCUCUCUGUUUCCAGUGCUUCCGAUGGCUAUACACUUUUCGGCCAGCUAUGGUUUCUGCACCGUUGACCCUGAUGUUGCAUCUGACUCCUGGUGGUUGGCUUUUCUUAGCUACACAUUCGUACUGGGCUUCGCCUUACCGUUCACCGUAAUGAUCGUGUUUUACACGGCACUUCUAGUGACUCUGAGAAACGCCAGAGAGCAAACGUCUUCACUGGAAAGUCACAGGUUUGAGACACAGGUUACUAAGAUGGUAGUGGCGGUUGUUUUGGUGUUUGGCAUCUGCUGGCUGCCGUUCUACGUCUUCAACUUUUGCUCUCUGUACCUAAUAGACCCGGUGCUUGAUUUCGCGCGUGGCUUUGAGUUUGUGGUGCUGCUGUCGUACUCGUGGAGCUGCGCCAAUCCAAUACUGUACGCAUGUUUGUCGGAAACCUUUCGAAGGCAUUUCCACACCCUCCUUUGCCCUCACAAGAGCUCACGGACUCACUGCGACAGAGACACCGAGGGCUUUGUUUUGCAUGACACCAACGUACAAAGCAUGCUGGCUUAGUAUGUCUUUCUUUUAAAUAUUUAGAAGGGUUUGUGUUGCAAUGCAUAAACAGACUUUCUUUGCCCACCACAUUUUUUUAGUAAAAUGUGCAAUUGCUUCUGUGAAAUAGAGAAAAAGACAUGAGCAGACUGAGGCGUGGAAGACAAUAAUGUUAUUUUUCCACAAAAGCAGGUUGCUUGGUUUCCGUGCAAAGGAAGGGCAGUGUUGUAAGGAUGAUUAUGCAAUUUCUGCCCUCCUGUACAAGUGCUGUCAAACUGAUUGUGGACUUCGUGAUGAUGUCAUGGUUGUCAUGGCAUCCAGCUUGGACCAAAUAUUUGAGGAUUUUUGUGUGACUGUUACUGAAUGACACAUGAAAAAGGAAUGUGGCUGUGAAACAGUUGAUAAAUAUGAUGUUAAUGGCCAACAUUUGUUUAAAUAACCAUGUGUUAUUAUAUAAUAUACACAGGUUGUGCAUAUUGUUAUUGUAUUAUAUUAUAUUAUAUUAUAUUAUUAGUUAUUAUAUUAUAUGUUAUUAUAUAUAUAUUUUUUUUUUGAGAGAGAGAGGUGGGGUUGCUUUUAUCUUUGAACUAGUGCUGUCAAAUGAUUAAUCCCGAUUAAUCGCAUCCAAAAUAAAAGUUUUUGUUUGAUACUAAUAUUUUACAUUAUUGCAUGUAUACAAUAUUUCCAUAUAUUGAAGGGGGGGGG